CCGCUCCCUCCACCCGGCCCCGCUUCCCUCAGCCCUUCCCACCCCCUCACUCCGUUCCCUCAGCCCUUUCCGCUCUCGCAUCCCGGCCCCUCUUCCUUCCGCCCGCUCCCUCAGCCCUUCCCAGUCCCCCAUCCCUCUUCCCUCUCCCUCAGCCCAUUUCCUCUCCCCUCAGUCCAUUCCCGCUUCCCCCAGCUCUUCUCGCUCCCUCAGCCCGUUCCAGCUCCUCUCAGCCCGUCUCGCCAUGAGUUUCCUCUUUGGAAGCCGCUCUUCGAAAACAUUCAAGCCAAAGAAGAACAUUCCAGAAGGAUCCCACCAGUACGAGCUCCUCAAACACGCCGAGGCCACGCUGGGCAGCGGCAACCUGCGGCAGGCCGUGAUGCUGCCCGAGGGGGAGGACCUCAACGAGUGGAUUGCUGUGAACACUGUGGAUUUCUUCAACCAGAUCAACAUGCUGUACGGGACCAUCACGGAGUUCUGCACCGAGAGCAGCUGCCCCGUGAUGUCUGCAGGGCCCAGGUACGAGUACCACUGGGCCGACGGCACCAACAUCAAGAAGCCCAUCAAGUGCUCAGCACCCAAGUACAUCGAUUACCUGAUGACGUGGGUGCAGGACCAGCUGGAUGACGAGACCCUCUUCCCCUCCAAGAUCGGUGUCCCCUUUCCCAAGAACUUCAUGUCGGUGGCCAAGACCAUCCUGAAGCGGCUGUUCCGGGUCUACGCCCACAUCUACCACCAGCACUUCGACUCGGUGAUGCGGCUGCAGGAGGAGGCUCACCUCAACACCUCCUUCAAGCACUUUAUCUUCUUCGUGCAGGAGUUCAGCCUGAUCGACAGGCGUGAGCUGGCUCCUCUGCACGAGCUGAUUGAGAAGUUGGGCUCCAAGGACAGAUAAAACCCCCCCUGGGAGGACCCUUCUGGCUGCUCCUUUUCCGCUUCUUCUUCAGCCGGCAGCGAGCGGCCUCGGCGCCGCUCUGCAGCCCCCGCUGGGCUCUCCUUGCCCUGGGCUGGCCGCAGGUGGAGCAGGUUCUGCCCUGCUCUGGAUGUUCCAGGUGCUGCCCGGCCGCUUUCUGCUCCCAGAGCUCCUCUCUGGACUCUCCAGCCCCAGAGCACGCCCGGAGAGGCUCAGCUUAUUUUUGGAAGUGCUUUUUCUUGGGUUUUUUAAUUUUUUUUUUUUGGAUAAAAGAGGUGCACUUUGGCCCAGAGCCUUAAGCAGGGGUGAGGAGGAGAAGUGCCUGGCCCCAGGGUGGGCUGUCCCUGUCCCUGGGUGGGUGGGAGGAGCAGCUCUGGGAUGUCCCACGGGUCCCUCCUGUGUGGCAAAGGCAAUAAUAAUAAUAACAACAACAAUAAUAAUAAUAAAGUUUCUUCCUGCUCUUCUUUCAGAG